AUGAAAACAGAACAAGAAGUAACUGACCAUACUACGCGUUGUUUCAAUCGACUGCAAGCAGCAUUGCGUUGUGAUGGCUGUAUUCCGGAGAAUGGUUUGCCACAGCAAGCAAUUGAGGGAUUUCUAACACGUUUAGCAAGUUUGGAUUCAAAUAAUCGUUUUGGUACAAUUUGUGUUGGAGCUGGUGAACGUGAAGGUCGUAUUUUAUCACCGUUGGUUCAACAAUUACAUUAUGGUUUAGCGCACGGAAUUGGCAGAUCAGGAAAUUUAACUGAACGUCAACCAAAAGCAAUUGGUUCAUCAAUUCUAUCAGAAAUUACUAACAAACUUGCCCUGGAUGCUAUUCGUUCUCUCGGGAUAACGGGAACGAAGGCAGCUAUGGUAAUACCUAUUGCAACUGGUAUGGCACUUUCACUAUGUUUGGGUGCAUGGAGGCAUACGAAACGUCGUGCUAAAUUUGUAAUUUUUUUACGUAUCGAUCAGAAAUCAUGUUUCAAAUCCAUUUUUACGGCUGGUUUUGAACCGAUUAUAAUUGAUGGUAUCCAGGAGACAAUGAUGAGUGAUGGACUUGUCACAGAUCUUACUGCUCUGGAAGUUGUUUUGGAAAAACAAAAGGAUGAAAUUAUCGCUGUGCUAAGCACCACUUCCUGUUUUGCUCCUCGUCAACCGGAUAACUUGGUUGCUAUCGGUGAAUUAUGUACUAAAUAUGGUGUAAAACAUCUGGUAAAUAAUGCUUACGGUUUACAAUCACCAGAAUGUCGAAAUCGAAUCGAAGAAGCUGGUUUAGCAGGAUAUAUUGACGCAUUUAUACAAUCAACGGAUAAGAAUUUCUUGGUACCAGUUGGUGGUUCAAUUGUAGCAACAUUUGAUGAAAAAUCCCUAGAUAUUAUAGCUAAUUUUUAUCCAGGACGAGCUUCCAUCGUACCAUCACGUGAUUUAUUGAUUACUUUGCUACAGUUAGGUAAAGUUGGAUUAAGAGAACUGUACAAUACGCAGCAAACCAAUUUUGAAAUUUUGCGUGCAGCAAUGCAAGAAUAUGCUAAAACAAUUGGACAAAAGGUUAUGGAAGUUAAAAUGAAUCAAAUUUCGCUCGCAAUUACAUUGAAGGGUUGGACAAGACAACAGCAGAAUGCCUUCGGCGCUAAACUUUUCAGUCGUGGUGUUACCGGUGCUCGAACGACACCAAACGGCUUGUCGAAAACAAUUGAUGGCUAUGAAUUCCUUAAUUUCGGUUCACAUUCAUCACGACAACAUGAUGGCUAUUUAAAUGUUGCUUGUGCAAUUGGUAUGUCAACGCGAGAAAUUGAGGAAUUAGUGAAAGUACUCAGGGAAGAAACUCCAAAAUGGGCAUUUUCUAAGUCCAGUGACGCAUAUGCUAAAGGUCGCAGCUCAGCAUCUCGAAAUAGUGCAAAUUGCGUUACAGCAUUAUCAGCCACGAAAGAUCUAAAAGGAAAUGAAAGCUGUGCAUAA